AUGGCCUGGGUUCCAGAAGGCAUCUCUGACAACGUGCUUGCCGCUGCCGUAGCGUCAACCAAUUGGGCCAGUGGAGGCUUCGUGGGUAUUGCUCCUCAUCUCCAAGCUUCAGCGAUACAUGCCUUCCGUAUCAACACCAAGUUCGUCAGUCAAUCGAUUCAGUACGAGCAAGGAAUGCAAGGACAAUACAUGGGCGAUAACGGCAAGGGCUUCGCCAAGAUCUUCAUCCAGGGCGUCACUGAGGGUGACGGCUUUGGUAACCGCUGGGUCCCUCACCAAUACAUUGACGUCGGUCCGCCGUGGGAGGAUGACAUUGAGAAUUGGAACUUGGAUCUACAGACAUCAGGGGCGAUAAGCACCAACCAGCUGUGGACACCUUCGUCUCUGCCUGACUCAACCGUCUUGGGGAAGACCAUCGCUCGUCUCAUAACGGCCUUUCGUCAUUCACCUCCACCCUUCGAUUCUGGCAAAAUCACGGACCUCAUCGACAGACAUGGCAUCUCAGCACUCACCAGGGUCAUCAUCGAUGGUAUCAAAAAAGCCGGUCUUUAUAAUAUUCUCGCCAGCAACAAGCCAUUCAAAGGUGUGGAUCUGAUCAGAGCCGCCAAGUAUCAGAUACGCGACCGCACUUCUUCCAAUGAAGCUGGUGCCUAUCUGAGACUGCAUCUUACCAACAAUAACGUAAAGUUAUGGACGCCAAAGGCCACCUAUGCCUACGUUGGUAAGACCAAUGAUUUUGCCAACCGCAAUCACGGCCACAACUACACUGCUUCAAGUUAUGGAGAAAUGACACGAAACUCCCAAACUCUUGUAAUGAUUGCACUCUGCAUUCUCGCCAAGACAGCAGAAGAUGGAAUGUUCUUUCUUACCGAACAAAUAUUCAUCUGUCUGCUGGAGACUUACAAGCCAAAUGUAGCUGAUCCAUCUAGAGCAACUCUUGGAACCUUGCGAUCCGUACAAACGGCCAAAUACUUCACAGACAUCGCCGAGGCAGUGUUUCGUACGACUGGGUGGCAGGGCUUCAUUAGUCGUGGACCGGAGUCAUGCGGUGUACAGUUUGGAGCCAAUUACAGCUCCCCUUUGUCUGAAUAUGUGUCCUCGUACGACAGAUUCCUUUUUAUUCGAACUGAUGUGAACAUCAAAGACGGAAAGACAGGAUCGGUCAUUCCUAUGGCCUACUAUCGACGUACUGGUCAUCAUACAUCACAGCCCGGUGUGUUAGUGAGAAGUGCGCUGUGCCGGGUAGAGUACAAGAACGGAAAGCCGAAGAGCGUUAUCAACUUUCAAUGGAAUAUCGCCAAAAAGACCGCGCAAACGCAUCCCCCUUCCGGAUCUCACGUCGAAGUUGUUUUUGAAGUUCGAAAAGACGGAACACCCCACCCGCAUGCGUGGGCGAGGCUUUCCGAUAUUGGUCCCUUCGAGAACUGGGGACAGGCAAACUCAUUUGCGUGCCGUCUCGAAUGGGAGUAUCCGCUGGGCUCCGGAAAGUGGCGUUUCACUUAUAUCCAUCGCACGAACAUCUUCACUAAAUUCGCCGAUGAUCAGGUGCCAGGAUCAUUACCAACAUACAGCGGGGCCAUAUCCUUCCUCCAAUGGCUUACGAACUCUACACCAAACCAUACCCACGGCUGGAUACCUAGGUUAGGCGGUGCGUGUUUUGCCCUGCAGAACGAGUACGACUUCAUGAACCAGAUCAUUAGAUUUCGGGAUCAGAAGAACGACAUCGUUAUGAUCUCUGGUCGUGCAAGGUCUGACCACGAGAUGAGAACCCUUAUGCGGCAACCGAAGUAUGGAUUCGGCCGAGUGGGAGGUGUCUAUGGUUUUCCAGAGGAUUCCAGGAUCAAGGCUGCACUGGUAUCCAUGCCAGUCGUCGGCAUCCCAGAGCGCGGGCAAAACUUCUCACAAAAGUGGAGGACUAUCACACAUGGCAAUCAGAUUGAUGAUGAUGGCAGCGACUGCGACGAGGAUGACAUAGUCGCAAAUGAGGAUGACGUUUAG